GUGUUGAAUGCAUUCAAUGUUGACGUGUCUUGAAGUGAAUGAUUGACUGAUUGUCACCACUCGUGUCACUCCGGAAGACGCUUACCAUUGUUUAUAUCAUAGGAUCAACUCGUUAUACAUUGGCCGACACAGAGACAGACAUCUGAAGAGCGGGAACCAUGUCUUCAUCGGCGGACUCGAUAUGCUAUACAUUGAUAAACACGGAAUCAGACGACUCGGUCAAUGAGGGAACUCUUAGGGCGGACUUGGAGAAAAUGGAGUUAAAGCCGAAGACGGAUGCGUUGAAGAAAUUGAUUUUCAUGAUAUUGAAUGGCGAGAAGUUUCCGCCCAAUAUGUUGAUGACUGUCAUCCGCUAUUGUCUGCCAUCCAAUGACCACAUGAUCAAGAAGUUGUUGCUUAUAUUCUGGGAGAUUGUGCCCAAACGCGGUCCCGACGGCAAACUGCUCCACGAGAUGAUACUCGUGUGCGACGCCUAUCGCAAAGACCUGCAACACCCCAAUGAGUUCAUCCGCGGCUCAACCCUUCGCUUUCUCUGCAAACUCAAAGAGCCGGAACUCCUGGAACCGCUGAUGCCGGCCAUCCGCGCGUGUCUGGAGCACAGGCACUCGUAUGUGCGCCGGAACGCAGUGCUCGCCAUCUUCAAGAUAUACGUCAACUUCGAGGCACUCAUUCCGGACGCGCCGGAAGUCAUUCUGGACUUCUUGAGCCGAGAGGCGGACGCCUCGUGUAAGCGAAACGCGUUCCUAAUGUUAAUACAUUUGGAUCAGAAGAAAGCGUUGGAUUAUCUGAACUCAUGUCUGGACCAAAUCGGUGGCUUCAAUGACAUCCUUCAGCUCGUGAUUGUGGAACUGAUAUACAAAGUAUGUAUCGCUAACCCGAGCGAGAGGUCCCGAUUCAUACGCGCCAUCUAUAACCUGCUGAACACAUCCCAAUCGGCGUCCGUCCGCUACGAAGCGGCCGCCACUCUCAUCACUCUAUCGCAGGCGCCGACAGCCCUGAGAGCGGCCGCCAAUUGUUUUAUUGAUAUCUGCAUUAAAGAGAGCGAUAAUAACGUAAAGCUUAUCGUUUUGGACCGAUUGGUGGCGUUGAAGGACUCGACCGCUGCGGCCGAACGCAUACUACAGGACUCGCUGAUGGAUAUCCUCCGUAUACUGAAUGUGGCCACAGAUCUCGAAGUGAAACAAAAGAUUUUAAAUCUGGGCCUCGAUUUGGUUUCGUCGCGUAAUGUCGAAGAGUUGGUCCAACUGUUGAAGAAAGAGAUACUGAAAACGCAGAGCGAAUCCCAGGGAAGCAGCGAAGAGACCAACAAAUAUCGGCAACUAUUGGUCGGAACUCUACACUCGAUAUGUCUGAAAUACCCGGACGUAAUGGCGUCGAGUAAUUUGAUGGCCACUCUGUUUGAGUUGUUGACCAACGCCGACGACGAGACCACCGCUAUUCUGGUGAUUGUCUUUACGCGGGAAUACAUUCAGAAGAAUUUGAACCAAAAGAAUUUGAUUGUCUCGCGAAUACUGGAUGUGUUUCCGACCAUUCGUAACGUGAAAGUGCAUCGCGGCUUGAUUUGGGUGUUGGGAGAGUUCUGCGACGAAGACGAGACACAGAUACUGGAGGCCAUGGCUAUCAUACGCGCCGCCAUUGGAGACAUCCCUAUAGUGGAGGCGGAGCUCAAGAAACUGGAGAACGGGGUCGACGGCGAAGACUCGUCAACAGCGCCCGUCGCUGAGCGGCAACAGAACGCGGUGCCCAACGCCGCCAAACUGGUGACCGCCGAUGGCUCUUAUAUCACGCAAUCGGCGCUUAGCGUCAACACGAAGAGUGUGGACAAGUCGGCGAACGUACCGCCGCUGCGAAACCAUCUGCUGAACGGCGAGUUCUUCAUCGGCACAGCUCUGGCCAACUGUUUGGUUAAACUGGCGCUGCGUUACCGUCAAGUGGUCGGUGCGGGCAAACAGACGAACUCAUUUCUGGCCCAAUCGAUGCUCAUAUUGACAUCGAUUCUUCAUUUGGGAAAAUCCAAACUCAUUACUCAAACCAUUAAUGACGACGACUUCGAGCGCAUAGCACUCUGUCUAAUGAUUUUGACCCAAAUCUCUUCGCCGAAUGGCGUCAAUCCCGAAGUGGAGGCUCUCGUGAACACAAUGUUCUUGUCUGAAAUGCGCUCCUCAUUGGAGAGUAUGCUUAUGAGUAGUAAAUCGGAGGCCGAAGAGGCCAAACACGCCGUCAAGUCUCGGCCCAACAAAUGUGUCGAAAGUGACGAUCACUUGGUUUUCAGUCAAUUGAUGAGCAAAAACUCGGAGACCAUUGAGAAUCAGUUUGAUGUGAGUCUAUCGCAAGCCAUCGCCGGUAACGUCGGUCCCACAGCGACCACAAAUCUCGGCCAGAAGUCGUCGGUCAAUGUGUCGGACCUGUUGUCGUCAUCGAAGCUGUCGAAAGUGACCCAAUUGACCGGUUUCAGUGACCCCGUGUACGCCGAGUGUUAUGUGAACGUCAAUCAGUACGACAUAUGUCUGGACGUAUUGAUUGUUAACCAGAGCUCCGAUACCCUACAGAACUGUACGCUAGAGUUCACGACAUUGGGUGACCUGAAACUGGUGGAGAAACCGCAACCCCUGGUGUUAGCGCCGCACGACUUCGCCAACAUUAAGGCGUCCGUCAAAGUGGCCUCCACUGAGAACGGCAUCAUUUUCGGCAAUAUUGUGUACGACAUCUCUGGGGCCGGAUCUGACCGGAAUGUAGUGGUACUGAACGACAUCCACAUCGAUAUCAUGGACUACAUAAUCCCCGCGACGUGUAAUGACUCGCAGUUCCGGCAAAUG